CGACCUACGAUAUAAUUGUAAACAUAGUUUAAUGAUAUUUUAUAUUUCUUAAAAUUUAAAAUGACAUCUGAAACAACACAUGUAAUUUAAUACGAUUAGAUACAUACCAUUAAGAAAUUAUAGAUAAAAAUGAAAAUAUUAUUAAAUUCAUAUUAUAACUUGUAUUAUUAACACUCAACCUAUCAUAACCUGCUAUUUAUUUGUAUUCUUGAUUUCUAUUUUAUUUUUCAAACGUUAUAUGGAAUUUAGAAAUACAUUCUUAAAUGUAUCAAUAAAAAUAUUUACUUACAUUAAAUACUAUAUUAAUGAAAUAUUUAUUUUAGGUCUCAGAUACACUUAGGAUACUUCAUUUACCACCAGAACUUUCUGAUGAACGACGUAAUGAAUUAUUUAGAAAAUAUGGUGCUAUUAAAACACGAACAUUAAGGCUUUCUAAAAAAUACACCAUGACUUUUGCAAAAUUCCAAUCCCAAGAAAUAGCCUUACAAGCAUUGUUACGUUUACACCAAUUAAAUGUUAGAGGACAAUAUUUAACAGUUGAAUUUGCCAAAAAGCCCGUAUCAAUAGAAAAAACAGAAAAUGUUGAUAAUGACAAACUUAUAAAGGAAGAAAAUAAGAAAGAAUCCACAAACAGAUCCAAUUUUCAAGCGUUUCUACAAAAAUUAAACAGUUGGUCUAUGAAUCAGGUUUUUACUCAACCACCUCCACCAAAUAUACAAUAUGAAUAUUCGCCACCAACAAGAGGCACUUUAAUAAGAAUAGCCAUACAAUUAUUAAAAGAACCAGCUUUUUACACUCAGGUUUUACACUUGAUGAAUAGAAUGAAUUUACCCCCUCCUUUUGAAGAGUUGGAAGCAGAAUUUCCAGCACUUAAGGAAGUUUAUGAUGUAGAAAAAUAUAAUGAUAUUUUUAUUAGAGACAGUUUAUAUGUCAAAGAAGGCAUAGAUAUUUGCAAUGAAGAAACAGAAGAAGAGGAAUCAGAAAUAGAGUCAAAUGAGGAAGAUAAUGCAAAAUCUGUGGAGAUUAUACCUGUAAAAAGAAAACGUCUACAACAUACAAAACGUUUAAAAAUUCCCAAGUUUAUUAAUCCAAAUAAACAUGUAACACCUUUAAACCCUACACAAAAAGUUGUAAAACCAGCAGAUAUGUUUGAGCCAGUACAACGCGGUGAAAUAAAAAAUCUUAAAAUUGAGCUGAAAAUGGUGGAUAAACUUUUAGAUGCUUCGAAUAAAGAGGAAAAUACUGAUUCUGUAAAUGCUACAGAUGGUGGUUUUGGGAUAAUGUUUCCACUUUCCAAGAGCCUUGAUACUGCUGAAAACAAUGAAAAUACUGAAACUGUUGAGCAAAAAGUUAUUACAUCUAGUGAAUUAGCAAAUAACAGAAUUUCAGCUAAUGAUCAAAGAUUGCUUCCUGUUUUUAAAAAUUAUCACCCUGGAAAACCAUCAAAUCGUUUGUACAUAAAAAAUCUUGCAAAACAAGUUGAAGAGAACAAUCUCCAUUUUAUCUAUCGAAAAUAUCUAAUACCUGAAUUGAAAACAGAAUUUGAGUACGAUGUGAGACUAAUGCAAGAGGGCAGAAUGAAGGGUCAAGCAUUUAUCACAUUGCAAAAUACGGAGCAAGCACAGUUAGCCCUUGAUGAGACAAAUGGUUUCAUUUUAAAAGAUAAACCAAUGGUUGUACAAUUCGCUAAAGUGUCAAAAAGUUAACAAAAGCAUUCUUCAUUUGAUGUUACGUGUUGUAUUAUUUAUAAUUAAUGCUGCUUAUUACUUACUACUACUAUAAUUAAUGCUAAUUACAAUAAACAAAGUUUUUUAUACUUUCUAAUAAUUUUAUGUUAUGAUGUAUUACGAUAUCUUGUUAGAAACAAGAUAGAGUUUGCUGUAGUUCAUUUACAUUUAUGAAAACUUUAAUCACAUGUAACGUGGAUCUUACGAUCGAUGCGGUGAAGUGCUUAAAUUCAAUACUCUCUGUACAGAAAAAUAAAAAAUCUGUAUAAUAAAUCAUUUUUUUAUCACUGAUAAAUUGUAAUCGUAAAUUUUAUAAUAUUUGAAUGCAUCGAUGUUCUUAAAUAUUGUUACAUUGAUUUAUACAGAAACUUUCGUGAAUAUACAAAAUAAGACAUCGCUUGAGUUACUUAGUGGCGUGUCACAGCCGCGUCAGCGGAGAUCGGCGCCCGCCUGGCAUUUAGUAAUUCAAAGACUUUCCACUAGAGUGCUAUGUUUUGAGUUGUUCGAUCUGUAUCGUGUGCGUUGAGCGUUCGAUUCACCGAUCACCGUCGAGUUGUAACCGCGUAUGUGCUGUCGCCGUCACUCUAUUGCCGUCCCUCAAUUUCCGUCGGUCUCGCACACGUUGACACGUCCUUUGUAUUGCCAUGGACGUUAGCUUGCUACUUCAGCACUCGCAAUAUGCAUUACCCGUGGGUAUUGUGCUCGUAUGUGCAAUCCUUGUCUUCGUCUUUGGUUUCAAGAAGGCCGAACAACCACCUUUUGCUCAGCUUUCGGUAAGCUCCGACGUGGACCGGAAAUUUGCCAACAAGAAACGUAGCAAGAUCAAAGAAAAGAGAUCUGCUAAUGGCCAGGUUGCAACUGAAAAAGCCAGCCCUAUUAAGAAAACAGUAUCAACCAAAACAGAUGCUUCAAAGAAAGCUUCAAUAUCCAAGCCAGAUGAUGUUGAAGGGAAGUUGAAAGAACGAAAGCAAGAGGAUAAUAAAAUUCUUGUAGCAAAAAAGGAUAAAGAUCAAAUUGUAAUAAAAGUUGGUAAAGAAAAUAAAGUUGAACAAGUGAAAAAUAAGAAAAACUUGAAGAAUUUAUUCCAAGAAAAACCAGUUGACUUUGAUGAAGGAGAUUGGGAACAAGCUUAUUCACGGAAAGAUAAAAAGAAUAAAAGGAAAGAGGAAGAAUCACCUUCAAAGAAGAACAAAAAAAAUAUUAAGAAAGCUGAUUUAAUUAACGAAGAAGUUACAAAACAAAAAGUUUCAGAGAAGGCAGAGAUUAAAGAUAAAGUUAUUAAAGAAACAGAAAAUAAAGAGUUGAAAGACAAAGAGAAAAAAGAUGUGAUACUUACACCUAUCUCCAAUGAGGAAAUAGCUAAGGAAAAAGAACAGCAAAAGGAGGAAUUAGCUAAGAACGAAAAGGCGGAAAAAGAAGAAAAGAAGAGUGGAAAAUCAAAGAAAACUAAGAAAGUUUCUGAAAAUGAAAAUACUCUUGUAGUAACUCCACUUACACCAAAAGUAGAUAAUAAACUUCAAGAACAAACAAUAAAAAAAAAAGAUAACAAUAUAGAAAAAGAUUCAGAUAAUUCAGAAGAAAAAAGUCCUAAAACUAUACAAACGCAAGAAAAGACUGGUCCAGUGUUCGAUGAACUGGGAGAUGUCUGGACAGAAGCCAAACCUCAAAAGAAAAGUAAAAAGAAAGCUCGAAAAGAUAACUGAGGGUAAUCAAGUAUGAUAAAAAUUACAUUCCUUCUAAGAAGGAAUAGAGUGAGAAUCCUGCUUGGUCCAAACGACAUGUGUCAUUUCGGACUUACCAGGUGUGUUUUAAGUGACUUACCAAUUAACCACCUGACCAAAUUGUUCCUUUUCCUUGUAUAUAAUGCCAAUUGGACUAGGUUGUUCGAUCAGUUAUGUAUUACAUCAUGACUGCAGGUGCAUAAAUUAUUGUAUGUAGAAAAAAUUUUUGAUUUUUUCAACAUACUAAUUAUUUGCUUUAACAAAGCUGCUUUGCAUUUAAUGAAAGAGGCAUAAGUCAUAAAUUAUUAUUAUGUAUAUUAUCCUUUUAAGGAUUUUCAUACGUAUUUAUAAUGAUGCAUUAAUAUUCACUACAGCUACAUCUUAGUAUAUAUUUAUAAGAGUUUCAUAUUGAGUAUGGAUUGUUAAAAAAGUAGUACUUAUGUCUUUUGUGUUUCGUCGGGAAGUCCUAUAAACAAUAUUUUUGUUAGAUUUGCAACAUGUUUGCAUCCACGUUAUUAACAUUUUAGAUAUUGAUUUAACGUAUUAUAAUUAAUUUAAACGUUAUAGAUGUGAACGAUUGAAAGCCAAAACUUAGAAAGUAUGAAGUAUAUUCCAAAACAAUAAUAAAGUGCAGGACAAUCUGGAGAAAAAUUUACAUUACUGAUGUACAUGUCUUGUUCAAGGUAUCGAGAGAAAUAUUUUCUUAUAUUUGAUAGCGAGUAAUUUAUUCCAGCAUAUAGAUCCAAAAUUAUAUACUUUGUAAUAAUAAACUGUACGUAUAUCUCGUACGAAUAUUUUAUCAUAAAAAGUACAUCAGUAAUGAAUUUUAAGGAUUGAUGUGUAUUUAUAAGAAUAUGUGAAUCUAUGACAAAAUUUGUGCCAAGUUAUGAAAAGAAAUAAAACAAGGUACAACGAAAGUCAUUAUACAAUUACAUAUGAUUAAUUUAUUAAUUAAAAUAAAUAAUUUUAAUUGAACUUUAUUAUUUGUUUGCAUAAUAUAUGAUUUAUAUAUGUUAUUUUCGAAUUUGAGUGUUUAUGUAACAUGAGCAACUAUAUAUAGUAAUUAAACAUGUACACAGUAUUUAAUUUACAUUUAAAAUCGUUCUUAACGCGGAUUUUUACUAGUUAUGUUAUCUGAUAUAAUAAAAAUAAAAUUGCAUUCUGACUUUCAAAGUGUCUAGCUAUUACGUAUGUUUAAUAGAAAGGAAGAUAAUGUUUUCUAUAAUGAUUAUCUCUUCACAUACAAAAAUAAUUCUAUUGAAAAAAAUAUAAAGGAAAUCUUGCGAAUGAAUACGAUCAGACGUGGAUCAAAUCGGUUAUUAUGUUGUCUUUUAAUUUUUACGAACAAUCUAAUCCAGCCGUUCACAUUUUAUGCCAUGUAUAAAAUAUAGUGAGUACAUUAAUUAUACAUUAAAAGUUGUCUCUGAAUAGUCUUUUUAACUAAUGUAAUUACGGUUAUUUAAUCGUUAAUAUCUAUAUUGUGUAUAAUAAUAUCACGUAUGACAUGGAGAUGCAAGAGUUAAAAUCUAAGAAAACUAAUUUCUUGAAAGAAGAAUUAAAUAUUAAGGAUCUCUUCAAAGAAAACAUAGUGCUAUAUUCAGAGUACUAUAUUUAGAGUCUUUUGACUUCUAUUUUCUGAAAAAAUGAAAAGACAAAAAUUCAAAUCGAAAAAUGAUGUUAGUUGCAUCUUGUCGCGAAUAAUUGAUAGAGGAGAUGCAUUGUAACGUCAUUUAUUCGAAACAAUUUAUUAAUUAGUGUUGUAUAUUAAUAUGUAAAGAUGAAAAAAAAAAAAAUAUUUAGAAUGUAUGGCGAAUGAAAUAUUGUGAUAAGUAUACUGUAUACCUGAGCGUUACUUGAACGUUGUAAAAAUAGUACUAUCAAAUAAUAUUAUCGUUUAUAGCUUUUACUUAUAAGUGAGAAGAAGUGAAAAAAUAUCUGUUCAAAUAAUUAUUCAUAUUUUGUACUUUUAUCCUUAAUAUAUUUUCACAGAAUAUUUAUUAUACUUCGCGACAUAUGAGGUAUUAGUAGUUUUAGUAUAGUCUCGCAUAGUUUCAAAGAUUCUUUGUUAUAAAAUAUUGGUUGAUUUGAAAAGGAAGGAAGAGAAGGUUUCUAAAUACAAUUUUUGAACGAGCUUCAAUUCCAUGCAUAGUAUGAAUCGUCAUUACUAUGUGAAAUCGAGAAGAAAUACAGUUGUAUCGAGUGUCCCUACGCGUGCCAAAAAUGUUUACUUUAUUAAGAGCAACAGNNUUUUUUUUUUGAUUAGAAAUAUGUGGUCUUUACAUUUCCAAUUUUACGUAGCAAGCAAUAGCAGAAACUGCAUUUUUAUAAUUUUAUUUUUCUAUGCGUUAAUUAGUCGCACGUCGAAUUAUUCAAAGUACCUAUUACAUUACAAUUGAAAUAUAGAAUGUAAAGAUUUUUCUACAACAAACAUUGUGAUCAAUGUUGAAGCAUGUAACGAUCUUUCCUACUCGUAUAAAUUGUUACAUUUUUGUUGUUUAAAUUGUAAACGGCACUAAGGAAAGGUGAAAUCUUUAUUUUGUUUCUAUUAGACCUGUAAAUGCAAAGAUCGCUUAAGUAAUUCCCGUUACGUGUAUCCUAUCGAUAUUCAGUGUUAUAACUGUAUUAAAUUUAUAUAUUUAAGUGGACGAUGAAUUAAGCAAAGUUAAUAUUAUGUCAUCGUUCAACGCUGGACGUAAAAGAUAUUGACAUUUAACAAGUAGUUGGUGUACUUAAGUUUAACAAUUGGAACAAUUUGAGCAGCUGCCGAAUCAUGCGGUCUAGGUAUUUAAUAUUAUUAUAUUUUUAUAUGUAAUAUUCUUCGAGUUACUAACUCGCGUGAUGAUGUAAUGACAAAGCGGCAAAAGCUAAUUCGAGACUAGAAAUCACAGGAGUUUCUAAACGCAUGUUGAUAGAAGGAAAUCGUAUUUUGAAUAACAUUUAUAUGCACUUUACUCACGUCUAACGAAUAAUUAAUUAACUAUCGGUAUAAAAUCAUUAUAAAACUCUUGCUGUCGCAAGAUUCUAAUUGAAAGAAAGAAAGAAUUGCAUAUAAAAUCAAAUACUGAUGAUAUGAAGAGGAAGUCUUUCCAAAAAAAAAAAAAAAAAA